AUGCUUGGGAACUGUGGUACAAUCCGAGCCCUCCAGCGCAGCCUCCUUCGGGUCAAGAGUGGUACCGGACCGGAUGUGGCUCUGCUUCAAGUUGGCUCGGAAAAGGUGUUGAGGUAUGGUCGUCUGUCUAAACCAACUUGCAUCGUGACCUCCUUGUCCUUUGGGUUUCCUGUUAUCAUGGAUCGAUCGAUGUCUCGCAAUAUUUGCGUUUGCGUCCGCGGAGCGAUGAUGGCCAAGAGGAGGAAAGCUUUCAUGAUCGACGCUCGACCGAUUCGUAAAUUCCUUUCCACAAGAACACCUCUAAGGACUCAAGAAACCACCGAGAAAGCUCCCAAAGAACCUCUCUCCUCUCUGACAGAAGAAGAAUUCAUCCACCAACGGCCUAAUCGGAUUCGGCCUCCGACCAAGAACACUUCGAACGUCUACCUACAUCGGAUUCACUCCCUACUCUACCCCCCACCCGCCUCGGAAAUAGCAGCAUUAGCAUACCGGAUACCCAACCUACCUAAGAGCUUAAUAUCUAAACAAGAUUCCUUGAAAUGGGUCGAGAGGUGUUUGGUCUCUCCAAGCUUCUGGCAGGGGAUCGAAGAGGGGGAUGUGAGAAUUGAUGACUUGAAGAAAGCGAUUUCGAAAUGGGUAGUCACUCGAUCUUCAACUGGACAGACGAAAGGUCCCGAGCCGAUGUAUUUGCCCGGGAAAGUCACGGCCACCAUCGCACCUGAUCAAUCCAUGGACGCCAACGUCAAGAUGCACCCCUUCGGCUCGAAAAGGAGGAGCGAGCUACGAGCCCAACAGGCCGGUAUCGAUCCUGAUGUCGAUCUACUCGACCUGGAACCCAACUGGAGAGAUAACUACCCUAAAUUCACCAACUUCCUCGACGAUGAAAAACUUCAUAACGAGGAGUUGGCAACAUUGGGUAACAGCAUUCUCGGUAUGCUCGGAUCGGAAUGGCUGGACAGACGGUAUCCUUAUCUCCCCACAAAGGCUUUCCAGGCUGCCCUUACAAUGUAUGUGGGUCCUCGGACAUGCGCAGAUGUCGCAAGACUCUGGGGAGUUUCAUCAGGAACAGGCCUCUCAAACUUGACGAUUGAAGGCAAGCCGAAGAUCGAGAGUGCGGGGGUGUAUGCGGGGGGGAUCUUCGAUCUGGAUGGGAAGCCGAAAAACAAAGGUCAAAAGCAUAAACAGGAUGGGAGCAAGGGAGAAGAGGUUGCCCAGCCUGGCCUUCUAAGAUGGCGGCGCGCCGACGGAUUCGAGAAGGAUAAAGAGAUCGGCAUGAGGGCCUCGGCCUUCAAACAGGGCGUCCUAUACGAGGAUGCGAUGGCCAGCGUUUCGCGGGCGUUUGUCGGAAUGGUCUACUCGUUGCAUGGGAUGAAGGCCGCCAGACAAUUCGUGCGGGCAAACUGGUUCAGUCGGAGAGCUCAAGUAGGCGACUUGCUGAAGUUUACCAAUCCGUUCCUGGUACUCAAGUAUACGUUGGCCAAAUAUAAUCGCGAGCCGCCUGUUGCAAGACUAUUACGAGAGAGUGGAAGUGCUUCAGCGACUGCGAUCUUUGUUGUGGGCUCAUACUCUGGCACUCUGAAGCUGGGAGAAGCGUUUGGGACGUCGAAGAAGAUGGCAGAGUAUCGAGCCCACGAGGAUGCGCUCCGGCGGAUCUAUCUGUCUCCGGGUGUGGAGGAUCAAGCACUGGGCGGCUCGGAAUUCCCGGCGCUGCCGAGUGACACGUUGAUCGAGGCGCAGGGACACGUCUAUCGAGCUCCUCAAAGCUUGGGCGACUUGGAGGUCGACGAGGGAAGCUCCCCCGAUCGCUCCGGUCGCUUGGCUGAUCAGUCGUUCGAGGACGUCUUGCUCGCUCGCACUCAGCAUAACUUGCUCAAGUUUAAAAACUCUUUGGCUGCCCGUUCCGUCUCCUCUGCCUAG